AUGAGUUCAUCUUAUCAUCAUGAAACUGACGGACAAUCUGAAGUGACUAACAGAUAUUUGGAGCGAUCGAUUGGUAUGUCUCCUUUCAUGACUUUGUAUGGCAGACCUCCACCUGUGGUACCACGGUAUGAAUUGGGUCAAUCAGUUGUUCAUGAAGUAGAUCAAACAUUGGUCACUAGAGAUGAAAUCUCGCAGGAACAGAAACUCCAUCUUUCGCGUGUCGCUAAUCAAAUGAAACAGACUGCUGAUUUGAAACGUAGAGAUGUUGAGUUCCAAUUUGUAUACAGGAGAGCUUCCCAAAAGCUAGCAAGUCGUUAUUAUGGGCCUUUUCCGGUGGAAGAAAGAAUUGGGAAAUUGGCUUAUAAAUUGCAGCUGCCUGCUGGUUCUAAGAUUCAUGCAGUUUUUCAUGUGUUGCUUUUUAAAAAGCAUAUUGGUGAUGAUGUGCCUGUGUCUAUUGAUUUGCCACCAUUGUCUAUUGAUGGUGAUACUGUUUUGGAACCAAAGGAGGAAAGUCUGGUUCCAUGGAAACAUUUGCCGCAUGAAGAUGCUACAUGGGAAAAUUCUGCAGAAUUGCAGUCAAGGUUUCCUGCUCUGAACCUUGAGGACAAGGUUCCUUUGAAAGGGGGAAGCAAUGAUAGAUCACCACGAAGAUCUGCAAGGGUGCCUAUCAAGAAUAAGAAGUACUUGGACUAA